GCGUUUACACUUGAUGUGCAUUUGUUAUUUGAAUUCGGAAAUAUCAACAAAGUCAAAAUGCAAUAUUUGCAGUAUUUGCCUACCUUUUUCAAUAUUACUAGAUAAUACGAUUAAGCGUCAUGGUGAAAGUUUGUUGCUUAGUCGCGUGCAUCGCUAGUGGACAAACCAUUACACAUACAGGAUGCAGAAAAAUAAUGAGCACACUUGAUGUAUAGUCUACUCCAGAAAUCACAAGAGGAAUUUUUUCUCCGAAUUCGUCACAACAUUUUGAGCGGUUGGAUUGAUGUUUCCAUGGGUGAAAGAGCAAAUCACAGAAGCCUGGAACAAUAGGAAGAGUUCAAGGAGUGCUAAAAAGCACUCCUUGAAUGGUUCUUCCGAAGAUCCUGGAGGAAUGCAAACGUCUUCCGCAACGUCGGAGAGUUUUUUAAUUAACGUUAUAAGCCUGGACGGAGGAGUUUUGUAUGUUGCUGUGACGCUGGAUUUCACAGUCGACAAAGUCAAAUCGAUUGCCACGGAGCACUUUUAUGGUCAUGACAAAACUAGACCAGCUUCGCAGUUUCGUUUGGUGCACGCAACUAUGCUCAAACCUCUGACCGAUGAAAAGAAUUUGGGAGAAGAAGAAAUUUCUGAGUCUGAUGAACUGCUAUUAGUAGAAGUUAGACCUGCGGCUGAAAAAGAAAAUUUAACUGAAGAUGCUUUGAAAGGACCAACAGAUGAGGAAAUAUUAAAUGCUACGAAACAUCUGCCAGUAAGGAAUCCUGCAAAACCAGCAAUUACUUCCGAGUGCCCAGCUGACUUUCAGAGUGAAAUUCGCAAAAUAUUAAUAACUCUUGUGCAAGCAUCUGCAAAAAUCCUGAUGUACAGCUCUGAAGCAGAUGAAUUUUAUGAAAUUAUCAAAGAAAAGUUAGAAGCUCAGUUAAAGCCACCAAACGACCCAAAAGCUGUGAAGUAUCUAGUUGAUAUGGGUUUUUCAGAAAGAAAAGCUUUAAAGGCACUUCGACUUCGAAAGAUGAAUACGUCAGAAGCACUAGAGUGGCUACUGGAACAUCAAGAUGAUCCAGAUGAUGAUGACGAUAUUGAGCUUCCAUCAAUAGAAACAGUUUUGAAUGAGGCUGGUCCAAGUUCAUCAGGUGCGUUAGAAGGUGCUAGGAAGAGCUCUAUUAAACAGACGAUUUAUAAGCUCUUUGGAAAAAACAAUGAAACUUUGCAGAAGAAACCAAAUUUGGUUCACAUAGUGAAUCUUAUUUUAGAUAGUUUUCAUCAAUAUCAGAAAAUGGACUUCAAGCCAAGUGCAACUUUAGUCCAGUCUUUGGAAGAAAUGGGCUUUGCAAAGGAAGAAGUUUUGGAAACACUAAAAAUUACAGGAAACAACCACGCCAAUGCAUGUGCAUGGUUACUUGGGGAGAGAAGACCCAGUUUGCAAAAUUUAUACGAAGGUAUGGAUCCAGAAGGGCCGAUUUAUGAUGCAAUAAUGAAUAAUCCACAAAUACAACUCAGCCUGACAAAUCCAAAAAUGUUGCUUGCCUAUCUGUCCAUGCUCGAGACACCUACUUCGACGAGUUUGUGGAUGAAAGAUCCUCAAGUAUCGCCGGUUCUUAGUCAAAUAUUCAAAACGUAUCAUGCUGAGAAGCAUGCCAUCCACGUGAAUCGUUACGACGACAGCUAGCGUUUUCUCCAUGACGGUGGCGAAAUGAAUCUUCUAUUUUUUCAUGCUAAAUUAAUGGAACUCCGAUCGUUAACUAUCUAAGUCGAUCGCCUGUUGUUGUGUUGAUUAUUGACUCUAGUCAUGCAAAAUGACAGAAGUUUGUUAUACUAAAAAUCCUAACGAACAAGUACUUAGCGUUAAUCAGUGGAAGUAACUAAGACUUGGAAGAAGCAAUGACCAUUUUGAAUGCAAUGAUAUUAAUACUGAAUAUUUUGUAAAUACCGUGAUUGUUGUUUUGAAAAGAUGAAAUCAUCACGUUUACGUACGUUAUGAAAAUUGAAAAGAAAGGGUGAACAAGGUAUAUUGUUUUUGUAACAUCGAUUAAAAUUGAGUGGCAACGCAGAAGUCGCCGAGUCUCGCAAUGGAAUUAUAAAACAAGUCCAAGCACAGUUGAAGAAAAAUGCAUCUUACAGUCGAAUGUAUCGUGCGUAAAAUUGAUAUCAAAAGAUAAGCAACGAUGUCUGGUCUUGUAGAUUUGGAAAGUAUAAAAAUAUAUUUUUUUCAUCAAACUA